GUAACGACUGGCAAUCUGUUUAUGCAAAGCCCAAAAAACCAUAACCGUCGAAUCAAGCACACAUUUUUACCAAGAUCCCAUAAAAACCCAAUAAUCCAAAAGCAAAAUUGGUGGCUGAAAUCAAGUAAACCGUGAACCCUUUUCGUAGAUAGAAGGCAAAAUCGCUUUCUUGUGUUUUUGUGGGGUUUAUAAAGGGAGGAAAGAUAGGAGUCUGCGUGUCAAAACCAGCUGCCGCAGCAGCAGCAGCCCGGGAGGAGGUAGUGGUGAGGAGAGUAUCGCCACCGCCACAACCACCGGCGCCGGCAGCGGCAGCGGCAGUAGCGACAAAGGGACAUUCUGGGCUGUUGAGUAAUUCGAAAUCGGGACAUCCAGUGCUGUUGAGUUCGAAAUCGGGGCAGUUAGUGGGUGAUUCGAAGAGGAUGAAGGGACUUUUCAAGUCAAAGCCGAGGACUCCUGUCGAUAUAGUUAGACAGACUCGCGAUCUUUUAAUCUAUGCUGAUCAGAGUUCAGCUUCUUUAUCAGAUUCAAAACGAGAAGAGAAGAUGGCAGAGUUAGCUAAAAAUAUCAGGGAGUUAAAGUCAAUUCUUUAUGGCAAUAGUGAGUCUGAACCGGUGUCAGAAGCGUGUGCACAAUUGACUCAGGAGUUUUUCAGAGAAAACACACUUCGUCUUUUGAUCUUCUGUCUAUCCCAAUUGAACUUAGAGGCCAGAAAAGAUGCCACUCAGGUUGUUGCAAAUCUACAAAGGCAACAAGUUAAUUCAAGGUUGAUUGCAUCAGACUACCUGGAGAAAAAUACAGAUCUUUUGGAUACUUUGAUAGCAGGUUAUGAAAACACAGAUAUGGCUUUGCACUAUGGUGUAAUGUUGAGGGAGUGCAUACGUCACCAGACUGUUGCCAGAUAUGUCCUGGAAUCACCAAAUGUCAAGAAAUUCUUUGAUUAUAUACAACUUCCAUAUUUUGACAUUUCUGCAGAUGCUGCUGCAACUUUCAAGGAAUUAUUGACAAGACAUAAAUCUACAGUAGCUGAAUUUCUUUCUAAGAACUAUGAUUGGUUUUUUGCUGAAUUUAAUUUGAAGCUGCUAGAAUCCACCAAUUACAUUACAAGACGACAAGCUGUCAAGCUGUUGGGAGAUAUAUUAUUGGAUCGUUCUAAUGCAGUUGUGAUGACACGUUAUGUGAGCUCAAGGGAUAACUUGAGGAUUCUCAUGAAUCUUCUCAGGGAAUCAAGUAAGAGCAUCCAGAUAGAAGCAUUUCAUGUUUUCAAGCUCUUUGCUGCAAAUCAAAAUAAACCUCCUGACAUCGUCAACAUACUUGUUGCAAAUAGGAGCAAGCUUCUUCGUUUGUUUGCUGAUUUCAAGAUAGACAAAGAGGAUGAACAAUUUGAGGCAGACAAAGCUCAAGUUGUGAGAGAAAUAGCUGCCCUUGAACCUAGAGAGUAGUCAUGAAUGAGCUUGGUUGUUUAUUGUAAUCAUUUUACAUAAAUUGUAGCUCUCAUAGCCCAAACCUGAUGACAAUAUCAGUAUCCAUCGAUCUGUGGUAAAAUUACAUGUAUUUGAAAGGAAGAGAGAAAUAAAGAGACAUGAAUCGAGUUCAAUCCAA